AUGAGGAACGACACUUGCUUUCUCCCCAAUGGCAUCCAAGUGAAGGUCUCCGAAGUAUUUGGGGGCUUCAAAUUUACCACCAAAGACCACGCUCAAUACAACUCGUUCCCGCCAGAAUGGACCGUCUGCCUAUCGACAAAGGUCGCCCGGCCGCCGAACAGCAAGGAGCCUGAAUCGCGUGCGUUUACGACUCCUACCCUCGAGAACGACAGAAUAUAUCUCUCCUCGCUGUCCCUGCCAUCCUGCGAAGACUUGAAACCAGGCAGCGCGCCGACCAGAAUUACAGCCAUGGUGUUAUGGGUGACGUUCUUCUGGUACUUCCAGGAGCCGGAGCCUUCGUUAAAAUCGUCCGAACUACCUCAUCCUUCAAAUGGACCGAAUAAGACCAACUCAUGGCAUCUGAUUGUCGAACCUCGUGGGAUCCUGAGCCGAAAAGAUCAAAUGGUGAAGGUUGAACGUGUAGGCAUGCUCGCGAGCAAGGACUCGUCUGUCGGCUUGAAAGGGGACAGGAUAGAGUUGCCGCAUAUGUUCAUCAGCCAGAAGGCUUUCUGGGAGCUCGACCCUAGGAUCCACCUCUUCAGCAUCAGCGCGGUAACGCCAACACCGGGGAAGUCCUAUCCAACCCCGUCUGGCUCCCUCGACUCGCUCGGGGUAGGGUUUCCCUUUGGCGCCGGCCCCAACACAUCCGGCUGUUUUCUUCCGCCGUACUACCCGCCGCAGUCCCUGCAGUAUACGUAUACGGGAGACGUCCUCCACCCACUGCGCCCGAAAGCAUAUAAACAAGGCGAAGUGUUCUAUGUCCGAUAUAUCCCAAGCGGCGGGGAAUAUUUGACAUUCCGCAUUCCCGUCCUGCCCACGAUCGAAGCCACUCGACAACAACAAAAACCGGAGGAUGGAUCGAACGGCCGCAGCUCAGGGCCAGACCUCUGCCUUGACGCCGAACAAGCGAACGACCUGAGACUAGUAUACGAUUGGCUGCGGAAGAGACCGCAGGAUACGGCCCUCCCGCAAACAGCGUCAAUCCACGAACAUGCCAGUUUCCUAGAAGACCGCAUGUGCAGCCAAAACUCUUUCCCCGUCCUAGCCUGCUGGGACUCAGCGCCAACGGGAUUCUGCGAGCUGUUUUGGGUGCUGGAAGAUCCCGUUGGCCGCGCACUGGGCAACGCUUCCGAGUUCGACCGCGGCAUACGGUGCCUGAUGGGGGACGAGAACUUUCUCGAGCCGAAACAGCUGAAGCAGAACAUGAGCUCUUUGGUUCAUCACUGCUGGUUGUAUGAUCAGCGGACCGAUACUGUGGUCCUUGAAUGUGCUGCAAAUCAUCCCGAUAUGAUCUCCACGCUGGAGUCUAUCGGGUUCGAGAUAGUCGAAGGUGUUAAGCCUCCCCAGGAUCGCAACUUGAUUAUGCGCAUCCACAGGAGGGACUGGUUGAGACCGAUUCUUUAG